AUGUCCACCCAAGACAGCGACGCAGAGAGCUCUGUCUCCAGCCAAACAAGAACAAAAACCCCCAAACACACCUUUCCCCUCGCGCAUCCCCCUCCCAAAUCCUCCCCCUGCCUGCGCCUCACCCCGCGCCUCCUCCUCCAAGUCCAACAACUCUCAAUAACAUCAAACCGACACCGCGCCCUCCCCAUCCUCGAACUUUACCAACCCCCGCGACAAGGGAAAUCCCUCCCCAACUGCCCGCGCAAACUGCACGGCCGGGAUCUCUACAUCCUCCAAAGCGACGCCUACACCGACAUAACCCCGAAAUCCUCAUCGGAAGAAACUACCUACCCAAUCGCUGCGGGGGUAAUCUACAAUAACACAAACACCAACACCAAUACCAAGAAACCCACCACCACACAACCCCAACAAGACAAUACCAAUACUCCCGAAGAAAAAUCCGACGAAAUCUACCUCCCCACCACGCACCAAUCAUACACCGCAACCCGCACGUCGCGCGGCAACUACCGCUUCAUCCUGCGCCAGAAAAACACGUCCGGAGAGACCGUCAUUCUUGAAUGGCGGAGAAAGACGCAGGGUUCCGGACGGCCAAGAACCGCCUCGGGCUCCGCAUCGGCGGUGUCGGGAUCAACGGACUCCGAUACCAUACACGAUAAUAAUGGAAAGGCUUGCGAGGAGGAGACGACGAACGACCCUAGUAGUUCCGAUGCUAACCCCCGGUUUGUGCUGUGCGUUAGUGCCAUCGGAGGAGCAGCUGGUGCUGGCGUCGGCGCCGAUCAGCGUGUCAGACGGUCGGGGCUGGCUGGGCUAGAGAAAAAGGGGUUGAGGGUUGGCGGGUGGGAUGCGAGACAAGUGCGGUUUUUGGAGGAGGUGGGGAUAGGUGUUGGAGAGGAGGUUGUCACGCUGGUUUUGACGCUGGGGGUGUAUGUUGGGUGGAUGGAGGGUUGGUUGUAA